AACUCUGUGGCCAUCCUUCUAUAAAUAUCAGUGGAAGGAUUAAACCCCUUUCAUUCACCCUUAGCUCUUACAUUUGAUAACAUGACUGCUGAUCGAGAAAAAAAUUGUGAGAAAAAAGUUAAAAUAGCAGAAUUGAAACUAAAUAAAAUAUUAAAUAAAAUCGACGCAAUAAACCUUAAUAAUUAUUUUAUUUCGAAUUUAAAUAUUCCGGGUAGUAACAGUAAAAUUAAAUGUCUUACUUUAUGUGUUGGCUUAAAAAAGUACUUUACGUUGGCGUUAAUUGUAGUAUCCAUUAUAGGGUAUUGGUGGAUAUACUCAGGAGCAUUAAUAACAGGGUGCUUUGUCAAAUUACCCGAGCAAUCCAAGUCUUUGUUCCGGUCACCAGAGGAUUGUUCGAUGUGCAUAAACGUUAAUGACGUCACGCGACUCGCAAACAUAAGCGCCGAGGAAUUCGAAGACUUGUACGCGUACAACACAAAGCCUGUUAUUGUCACAGAUGCUACGAAAGAUUGGGAAGCGCUAGAGAAAUUCAAUUUCAAUUUUUUCGCUGAUUUCUACCGAAAUACAAAAAUGGGUAGAAAAAUCAACGAUUGCUUCUACUUCGCUUACAAAUCUGGUUUGAACUCAUUAAGCGAGGUAUUCAGCAUGGAUGAGAUGCGAGCUAAUCUCUCUGGUGACCCGUGGUACGUGGGCUGGAGUACGUGCUAUGAGGAAGAGACCAAAACGUUACGAAAGUAUUACAACAGACCAUACUUCUUGCCCAGGACGGCUGAGAGCGAUAUGGUAGAUUGGAUUUUUAUGGGAGGUCCAGGGCAAGGAGCUCAUAUGCAUGUGGACUCAGUGCGGCACGUGUCGUGGCAGGCGCAGGUGCGCGGCCGCAAGCGCUGGCAGCUCGCGCCGCCGCCCGAGUGUCUGUACGCGUGCGUGCCGCUCGCCUUCACCGUGCACUCGGGCGAGAUAUUGGUAGUAGACACGAACCGCUGGUACCACAAAACAAACGUGCUUCCCGGAGACAUCAGUAUUACCAUAGGAGCAGAGUACGAUUAGUACUAGUACCUAAGUAACUCUAACUUAAUUUAUAGACUCAUCGUUAUUAUUUCAAAAAAAU